GCUGUGGCUUUCAGAUGGAUGCCGUCCAGGAGAAUCCAGUUCGCCGAUAGGGGGCACGGUUGUUGGUACUGUUCGGGUGGGCUAACGCACCCGUGUGUUAAAUCUUCGGUCAACCUGUCGCGUCUUGUGCUGCUGGGAUUGAGGGAAGAGUACUUCAAUAAGUAGUCUUGUUCGGGUGGACUAGCGGGCAUCAUUACUAUGAAUUGACAAUAGCGUUCCCACAACAUGCUGUCAAAUGAACUAGUAUAAAACAUAUUCGAAUUUGUUUCCAACAACUACCUGUUCCAAUCCCACUAACAAAACGUUGUUUACUUCCCAACAGGUAGUGUUCACAAGCCUGUACGUCAUCGCAGUUUACUACCUCACAUCCCAACCGUCGGAACCGAAGCGAGUCGGCAUGUUUGUGGCUAUCUGCGUUCUAACAUCACUAGUAGCGCAGAGUCUCGGGCUACUGAUCAGUGCCGGAAUGAGUGUGGAAACGGGCGUUUUCAUCGGUCCGGUAUCUACCAUCCCGAUCAUACUGUUUUCCGGUUACUUCGUACACUUUGACGUCAUACCUCGGUAUCUGCAGUGGCUAACCUAUGUUAGCUACGUACGUUACGGCUUCGAGGGUUCCAUGAUUGCCGUGUAUGGAAUGAAUCGGGGCAUGUUGGACUGUAGCGAAGAGUACUGCCACUACCAGGACCCGAAGAAGUUCCUAGAAGAUAUGGCAAUGGACAAAGCCGAAUACUGGAUCGAUGCUACUGCUCUGUUUGGACUCUUUGUCGGCUUGCGGUUCCUGGGAUAUUUUGUACUACGCUGGAAAAUGGCUGAAGCGCGUUGAAGGGGUCAAGCGUAACUACAUACUUUGGUGUCGGUGUCCUUUUGUUCUAAAAUGAUUAUGAGAUAACAGUAUUCUGUGAAUAAUGUGUAGUGUUUCAAUUAGUUCUUCUUCGUGUUCGAAAGUAUGCACAAGUCUGGUUCUUAUUCAAAUAGAAGAAAAAACGCAAAAGAAAAUACCAGUCGCGAGUGGUACACAAAUGGAUGUGCAUUACCCUAUCUAUAGAUUCGAGUAUUUUUUCUACGUUUAAAAGCAAUUUUACAUAUUUACAAACAUUUUUUUAGCAAAUAUUGAGAGUUCAACAUUUUCCUCCGAUAAGUUAAAAACUUGGCAUCUAACUAAUCAUUCAAACCUCCCUUUCCACUU